AUGGCGGCCGGCGGCAGUGGCGGCGGCAAGGCCUCCUCCUCCUCCUCCUCUUCGUCUUCGGGGCCCUUGGAGGCGUCCCUGGACAGGAAGCUGCAGGCGGUGACCAACACCAUGGAGUCCAUCCAGAGCCUGUCGUCGUGGUGCCUGGAGAACAAGCGCCACCACGGCACCAUCGUCCGCCACUGGAUGAAGUGGCUGCGCCGAUCUGCUUUUCCGCAUCGGCUGAACCUCUUUUACCUGGCGAACGAUGUCAUACAGAACUGCAAAAGAAAAAACGCCAUUGUGUUUCGGGACACGUUUGCUGAAGUGCUCCCUGAAGCGGCCGCUUUGGUGAAAGACCCCUCUGUCUCUAAAUCUGUAGAAAGGAUUUUUAAAAUCUGGGAAGACCGGAAUGUGUAUCCAGAGGAAACCAUUACAUUACUGAAAGAAGCUUUAAGUUCCAAAACUCAGAAGCAGCAGAAAGAAACUCAGAGCAAACAACCAGCUAAAUCAUGGAAGAAAUCUCAAACCUCUACGAAUCCAAAAGCAGCUCUGAAGUCGAAGAUCGUUGCGGAAUUCCGACCACAGUCCCUCAUUGACGAGCUGCUCCUGUACAAGCGUUCGGAGGACCAGAUUGAACUGAAAGAGAAGCAGCUCUCCACCAUGAGGGUGGACGUGUGCAGCACCGAGACACUAAAGUGCUUAAAAGACAAAACCGGUGGGAAGAAGUUCUCCAAGGAGUUUGAGGAGGCGAGUGCCAAGCUGGACGAGUUUGUCACCAGCCUGGACAAGCAGCUGAAGAACAGCCCUUCCUUGACGGAGGUGCUUGAGAACGCCAGGAUCUUCUACGAAGCCCAGUACAAAGAGGUCAAAGUGGUCGCCAAUGCUUACAAAACGUUCGCUAACCGAGUGAACAAUCUCAAGAAGAAACUGGAUCAGCUCAAGGCCACGCUGCCUGACCCUGAAGAGUCGCCCGUUCCCUCGCCAAGCAUCGACGCUCCCUCCCCGACCGGCUCGGAGUCCCCCUUCCCAGGAAUGGAAGAAGAGGACAGCUCGCCUUUGCAGGAGGCCAAAAAGGAAAAGUCUCCCUCUCCGGAGCCGGCGACGGACAACCGGGACGUGGAGGAUAUGGAGCUGUCCGACAUGGAGGAUGAUGCCCCAAAGAUUAUCGUGGAAGAGAGAAAAGAGAAGCCAGCAACGCCGACGCCGGCUCCUGUCAAGAUGGCCGAGAGCCUCCCCAGAGCUUCUCCAUCGACAGCCGUCACCUCCGCCGCAGCCCCCACACCAGCACCCCUCGCCCCACCCCCUGUGACGGCGCCCCCCCUCCCAGCGUCACCAGCCCUGGCACUGCCCAACCUGGCUAAUGUGGAUUUGGCGAAGAUCAGCUCCAUCCUGAGCAGUUUAACUUCGGUGAUGAAAAACACGGGUGUCAGUCCCGCUUCGAGACCAUCCCCUGGGACCCCAACAAGCCCGUCAGCUCUGAUGGGGGGCUUGAAGACCCCGACUGCAGGCUCCACGUCUGCGCCUCCGAACCCCUUGGCAAACAUCCUCUCCAAAGUAGAGUUCACGCCGGAGAGCCUUCUCUCUGUGCUCUCCAAGACUCAGACCCAGGCUUCCCCAGGCUUGCAAGGUUUAUCUUCAUUUCUUCAAAGCGUUGCUGGAAAUACAUCCCAGCCCAGCGAGGUGGUGGCAUCCCAGAGUACUUCUCCAUCCCCGGCCAACACAUCCAUUCCCCCCACAAAGGGGCGGAACGUUUCUUCCAGCGCCCAGUCUUUCAUGCCCCAAAGUUUUGGUUACUCUCCGAAUUCCUCCUCUUCUGCCGAGGUUUCUUCCACUUCGGUCAACAAGAUCCCUGCUGGACUUAACGCCGGGCUCUCUGGUGCCAGCUUCAAGCCGCCCACCAAUUCCCUGGAGUUCCCCAACUCCCAGGCAGAGAAUUCUGUUCUUCGGCCAGCUGAGAACCCAACCAGCCAGUCUUCGGAGAUCUCGGAGACCAAGCCGGAGUCUGAGCCAGCUUCUCCCAGUCUGGAAAUGAAGAUUCACAAUUUUCUGAAGGGGAACCCUGGUUUCAGUGGCUUAAACCUGAACAUCCCCAUUCUGAGCAGUUUGGGAUCUAGCAUGCCUCCCGAGGGCCAUUCCUCCUCGUCAGAUUUCAACCGUGGGCCCACCAGCACAUCCGUGGACAGCAUCGACGGGACCCCUGUCCGGGACGAACGGAGUGGGACCCCUACUCAAGAUGAGAUGAUGGACAAGCCCUCCUCCAGCAACGUGGACACGGUGUCUCUGCUCUCGAAGAUCAUCAGCCCUGGCUCUUCAACUCCAAGCAGUACGAGAUCACCCCUUCAGAGCCGGGAUGACGGCUACCCACAGGAGCUGUCUAAUUCAGUGUUCCGGUCCUUUGGGCUCAGUCGGGAUUCCCCAUCGGGCAUGUACAAGCCGCCCUCCGACGCUCUGGAGCUGCCUUCCUCUCUAAUCGGCUCCCCUCAGGAGAAGUUCUACCCGGACACUUCCUUCCAAGAGGAUGAGGACUACCGCGAUUUUGACUACUCGGGCCCACCUCCAUCCGCUUUGGUCAACUUGGAGAAGCAGCCGUCAAAGUCCAUCCUGAAAUCCAGGAAGCUGUCAGACCCUUCAGAGUACCAAACGGUCAUGUCGAGUUAUGGCCAGCAAGUCUCAGGCUUCGGCCUGAAGUCCCCUUUCCCCCAGUCCAUGAGGUCUCUCCAGGACCAGGGGGAGCGCUGCGAUCCCUUGUCCUCUCCUGGGAUAUAUGGCUCCUACAGCUUGCGGGGAAACGACUCUGGCUCAGAUGCAUCCCCCACCCCGAGCAAGAACGACCUGUUUUUCCCACCCGAUUCCAAUCACAACAGCCUCUCCAAGCCCGCCCCCCUCCCGGGCGUCUCGCAGAAGCAGUAUCCUGAUUCACCUCAUCUGGUUCCCCACCGGUCGCAUUUCCCUCCCCAGAACGCCCACGUGAGCCCCGCCGGCAGGCUCCCUGCCUCCAACGCCGAGAAGCCGGCCGGGCCUUCCAUUUCCACCACUUCAACCAUCGAGUUCAAGAACAUGCUGAAAAAUGCUUCGCGCAAGCCCUCCGAGGAGAACAAGCACUUCGGCCAGGCCACCAAAGGAGGCUGCGGCGAGGGGCCCGGGGGCCUCUCCAGCCUCGGCCAGGUGGGGAUCUCAGCGGGAGGCAACCAGCAGAAUCAGCAGGAGGAGCAUUACCGCAUCGAGACCCGGGUGUCUUCCUCCUGUUUAGACCUGCCUGACAGCACUGAAGAGAAGGGGGCCCCCAUAGAGACCCUCGGCUACCACCACGCCUCCAGCCGGGGCAUGUCUGGCGAGCCCAUCCAGACUGUCGAGUCCAUCCGCGUGCUGGGGAAAGGGAACCGGGGCCACGGACGGGAUGCCAACCGAGCAGGGGGAUGGUUCGAGUUGAGUGGCGCCGGGAGCACCUUUGAUAAUGGCCCUUCGAGCGCUACAGACAUGCCCACCAUGGGCACUGGGACUGGCGGUGGCGGCGGCGGCAAUGUUUCAGGCUUCCCAUACAAGGAGCGGGUGCCCCCCUUCCAGGAGAACGUCAACAACUUCAGACCCGGUAGCUUCGGGGCCACCUUCGACCGCCACGUCCCGCCGCCUCCCUUAGAGCACGGGGCUCCCUUCCCGAGGGACCAAAUCAGGCCCCCUCCCCUGGGGCCUCAGUCUCUUCCGCCGAAGGACCUCAGCACCCUUUUCCCUAGGGACCACUCGGUUCCCCCUCCCCGGCUGCCCUCGGCGGAUCGUGCCAACCCUUUCUCCAAGGAGACCUCCACCCCGCUGACCUUGCCCCACGGCGUCCCGCCUCCCCCGCCCCCUUCUUUAGAGCGCAGUGGGGUGCCUUUCCCCACCCAGCCGCCCCCUCCUCUCCCCGUGGAACACGGCAGCGUCCCUUUCUCUAGCCCCCCGCCCCCUUCCGGGGAUCUCAGCCGCCCGUUCCCCGCUCCCCCCCUUGCUGAACACGGGGCCGUCCUGCACCAAGGAACACUGAAGGAGCAUUUUAAUGUGCCGUCGGGAGGGCCUCGGGACCAGCUGGCCCAACCCCUGCGCGACCACGGCGCCCAGGCCCUGGGCCGGGCUCGAGAGGGCGUCGGCCUCGUGGCCCUGCCAAGGGAUCCUCUAGGGCCAGCCCUUAACAUCGGCUCCUCUGUCCCCACCCACAGAGACAUCGCAAGCCCCGGCGGGCUGGGAGUUAGGAACCAGAGGCCCGAUUUCCGGCCCCGGGAGCUGUUUCUAAACAGGGACCCCUUUAGUGUUAAAAAGGCCUCGGCCCCCAUUCGCCCGGGGAGGCCCUCCCUUCUUCUCACCAAAACGCCCCUUCUUCCCUCCCAGGUACUGAACAAAUGAAAGUGCUCCAGAACUCUGCUAGAGAGCAGCGGAAAUGGCCCUUUUGCUUUUUUUCGUUUUACUGUUAUUCCCUCUCCCCCC